AUGGUGUUUUUUGAGCAGAGAGACGACGAGGAGUAUGAAGCGGUCCGUGAACUUAAGGAACUGGUGGAAGAGGGAAACGUGAAGUAUAUUGGCCUAUCUGAAGCUAUCUCGAAUAUGAUAAGUAGAGCACAUAUUGUUAAUCCCAUCACAUUUGUACAAAUAGAGUGGUCUCUUUGGACUCACGAUAUUGAGGAUGAGAUAGUUCCUCUCUUUGUUGAAACUAAGGAUGGAUCUGUUUCAGUAGCUACUAUGUUUGCUGGUCAUCGGAAAGGUUUUCAUUUGGUCUGGUGCAAGUCUUUUGGCAUGCAUUUUCAAUUGCAGAGACAAGUUCCUUUGCAUCUACAGGUACAUGGCCCUUUUCAAUCUUCAUGCAUUAUGUAA